GAAAUAAAAAAAUAGGCCAAAAUUUGUUUCCAAAAUUUUGCUAAGAUUCUUUACAAUUAAAGUUAACUGGGGAAAAAGAAUAAAGUCUUGCUCCAAUGGAGGUGGAUACCAUUUGCAGUGGAAGUAACUGUGAUAGCGACAGAGGAAUUUCUCCAGGUGCCCCGCUUCCACCGGUUGCCGCAGGCGACGGAGAGGACCUUCGUCCGGCUGGCACUGGGAAUCGCAGAUGCGCCAGUAGCACGUUGAGCGUCACCUGUAAACGUGCAAAGAAACAAAAUAUGUCGUCUCCGACCGCCUCACAAUCCCUCCAUGAAGAGGGAAUGGAUAACGAAAACGAGGAGGAUUCUGAAUACGCGGGCGAGGUGACCUCAAAUCCAGUGAACAUUUUGGACUUGUACGAAGAGUCUGACUCUGUCCUUGCUUCGGACAUAGACUUGGAGUCGGAACCAGAGGAGGUGUUCGAGGACUUGUGCGCGGAACCAAAGGAGGAACUCAUUGAUUUAAACGGGGACGAUGACGCAGAUGACGAGGACGAACCAGAACCAGCACCAGCACUUGCUCCCAGACCAAUUAGAUCAGAUCUAAACUUAAAUAACAAGGUCCACCAGCGGGAGCUUGAAGCCCUAACAGCCCUGGAUUCCUACGAAAACUUACACAAAGACGAGACCGUUGGAUUGAAGGACUUUGAGAUACUUUGCGUUUUGGGUUUUGGGUCGUAUGGAAGUGUGUACCUAGUGCGCAAAUUGAUGGGUACCGACAUGGGCGCUCUCUACGCCAUGAAGGCGAUCAAAAAGAUAAAAGUUUUGCAAAAACGGCAACACGCCGAACACACAAAAAUGGAGCGCAUUGUGCUGCAGGCUGUCCAGCGAAGCCGCUUUCUCUCCCAAGUACACUAUGCAUUCCAAUCGCUCUCUAAGCUUUAUGUGGUAAUAGAUUUUAUCCGUGGCGGCGACCUUUUCAGCCACGCUUCCGAGAUUUCGGACAUGGGGGAGAGUGCCGUUCGCUUUUACAUUGCCGAGAUGGUGCUGGCUCUGGAGGAGCUGCACAAGCUGGGCAUCGUUUAUCGCGAUCUUAAACUCGAAAAUAUUCUGUUGGAUGCAGAUGGACACAUUGUUCUCGCCGAUUUCGGACUGGCGACGCUUCUGUCCGAAGAGAAGCAGUAUCGCACCCACAGUUUCUGCGGAACCUUGGAGUACAUGGCCCCUGAGGUCCUUCGUGGUGAGCCGACAGGCUACGGCAUGGCCGUAGACUGGUGGUCCGUGGGUGUACUAACUUAUGAACUGCUCAGUAAAGGAAAAGGACCUUUUGAGAGCCCGGCGGACAUCCUGGACGCGGCGCAGAUCGUCGAACGCAUACGCAGUGAUGGGGAGAUGGUAUUCUCGUCGGUCAGCCCUUCUGGCCGGGAUUUUGUGCUGUGUAUGUUGGAGAUUAACGAAAAGCGCCGCUUGGGCGGGAACGAUCGGGAGGCCAAUAAGAUCAAGGAACAUCCAUGGUUCAACCAUAUCAACUGGCAGUUACUGUUGGCCAAAACGUACCCGACUCCAUGCAAGCCCCCCCUCAGCGGCGAGGAAGACGUGCAGAACUUUAGCGUCGAGUUCACGGAUAUGCCGGCUGUUGAUGAAGAAUCUGAGGAAAUUCCUGAUACCAUCAAGGUCUUCCGUGGUUACACCUACGUUGCUCCGCAGCACUUGGAUGAGAUUCGCAGAGCCAAACAGGUCCACAUCGAGUACUGCCACCCGGAAGUAAACGAAAUACCAACGAGGCCCGACGGCUUCUCUUUGGGGCCUCGCAUCCGGAGGGGAUCAUUCAGCUCCUGCCACAUCACCAUGGCCCACUACGCCCACGCCCAAGGCCGCAUCGUGGCCAAGGUCGUGCCGCUGUCCAAGUUCCGGCUUUCCGAGGUGGAUGCCCUGGCCUCCUGUGCCACCAAGACAAACCCAUCGGAUCAUCGAUGCCAUCCAAACAUUCUUACCUACUAUAAAACGAUCCGCGACAGGACCGACGUCUGGAUUCUUACGGAGUAUAUACGUGGUGAGGAGCUAAGCGAGCGCUAUCGUUUGAGAAACCUUGAUGAGAAGACCUGCCGCCAAAUUUUCCGUCAGAUCGUGUUGGCCGUGCGCCACGUCCACUCCAAGCAUUUCAUACACGGCGACAUCAAGCCCGAGAACAUAUUGUUCACAGAUACCAAUUCCCAGGACCUGACCAUCAAGCUGAUUGACUUUGGAAAUGCAUGCUACAACAGCAGCUCCAAAAACUGGAAGGACAUACCACGGUACACUCUCGACUAUGCUGCUCCCGAGCUUCUCGCCGAUUCGCGGUUCGUGUCGUACUCACCCGGCGUCGACAUAUAUGGCCUUGGGGCCACUCUCUACACAAUUGUAGUGGGUCAUCCCCCCUAUCGCCAGGACGAGUACGACAUGAACAUGGGCCACGAGAGACUGGACAGUCUUCGAAAAACUAUCCAAGCCGAAUCUUUCAAUAAGCUCUCUAGGCGUUGGAAAUACGCCAGCAGACCCUUCAGACGUCUGGUCGUUAGGUGCCUUAAUCGGGAUCCAGCCAAGCGUCCGAACGUGGACCAAAUUUUGAAAUCCGAAUGGAUGCGAUGCUGCAAAUACCAGCUAACACAACAUAGCCGUAACAGAUCCUCCAAAAAGAAAACGAAUCGGUGGGAAGAAUCCUGUCGAAACCAUCAUUAAUCAUUAAAAACUAAAUCAAUUGAAAUUUAAGUUAAUACAUCUAUACAAAAAUGCAUUGCAUUUGCUGAAUUUUGCUUCCUUUCGAUAAUAUUUUAUAAAGUACGAUAAGACCAACAGCCGAUCUUUUAGGGGAUUAUAAUCUUAUAAUCCCCGCCCAGGGCUGACAGAAACAUAUGUUGAAAAAACAAAACUCCAAAUAAUGAAUCAAAAAUAU